AUGGCUGAAGAAGGACUUGUACAGCCCAAGACUAGGGAUUUCUCCUCAUCAUCCAACCCUGCUCGAACAUCUUCAGAUACCAGCGCCUCAGAACACACCCACGUAGACCACGAGAAACACCGACCUGUUGUACGCGAAACAACACACGAUGGUGCAGACGUAGUCAAUCUUCCAAUCCGGACGCUCAGUAAUGACGCCAAUUUGGAAGAGUACACGCAAGAGACACUCGAUGGUCAGAUUGCAAGAAUCCACACGAACAAAACUGGCAAGAUUGAGCGAUACGAACUGGUUACGUGGAAGGUUGACGACCCAGAGAACCCCAAGAAUUGGUCAAAGGCAUACAAAUGGUGGUGUACAAUGUGUGUAGCUAUCACAUGCUUUGUAGUCGCCUUCAAUUCCGCCGUCAUCACUGCUGACCUCGAGGGUGUGUCUGAGACCUUCCACGUCAGCGAGGAAGUCUCCCUCCUUACCAUCACCUUGUUCGUCGUUGGAUUCGGUGUCGGACCGAUGGCGUUUGCACCGUUCUCGGAAAUCUGGGGUCGUCGUCCAAUCUACGGAGUCACGUUGUUCUUUGCCGUCGUUUUCACCAUUCCCGGAGCCGUUGCGCAAAACAUUGGCACCCUCCUGGUUACCCGUUUCAUCGCUGGUGUUGCCUUCUCCGCACCCAUGUCUCUUGUCGGUGGUACAUUGGCCGAUCUUUGGAAGAACGAAGAGCGUGGUGUUCCCAUGGCAGCCUUCUCAGCUGCUCCCUUCAUAGGUCCUGGCAUUGGACCUCUUUGCGGUGGCUUCCUUGGUGACGCUGCGGGCUGGAGGUGGCUAUACUGGAUUCAACUUAUCCUCAGCGCCAUUGUUUGGAUCCUCAUCACCUUCACUGUUCCUGAGACCUACACUCCAACCCUGCUUGCAAGGCGGGCCAAGAAGAUGCGCAAGGAAACUGGCGAGGACAAGUACGUUACCGAGCAGGACAUUGACACUCGACCGUUCAGCCAGCGUCUUACGCUAUUCCUCAUUCGGCCCUUCCAGCUGCUCUUCCGCGAACUGAUUGUGUUCUUCAUCUCUCUGUACAUGUCGGUUCUCUACGGCUUGCUGUACAUGUUCUUUGUUGCCUUCCCCAUCGUCUACCAGAAGGGCAAGGGUUACUCGGCCAGCUCGACCGGCUUGAUGUUCAUUCCUCUCAUCGUCGGGGUCUUGCUCAGCGCAGCUUGUGCGCCGCUGGUCAACAGGCAUUACAUGAGGCUAGUCAAGCAGCACAACGGCCACCCACCCGCUGAGGCUCGUCUCUACCCUAUGAUGCUGUCAUGCUGGUUCAUCCCCAUUGGCCUGUUCAUUUUUGCUUGGACGAGUUACGCCGAUCUCCACUGGGCCGGUCCAGCACUCGGCGGCUUCCCUGUCGGGUUCGGAUUCAUCUUCCUGUACAACUCGGCCAACAACUACCUCGUCGACUCGUACCAGCACCAAGCAGCGUCGGCGUUGGCUGCUAAGACAUUCAUCCGUUCUUUCUGGGGCGCUAGCGUCGUCUUGUUCACCAAUCAGAUGUACGACCGCCUUGGUGAUCAGUGGGCUAGCACUCUGCUUGCCUUUAUUGGCCUGGCCUGCUGCGCAAUUCCCUUUGUGUUCUUCUUCCAUGGCGCUAAGAUUCGCGCGCAUUCACACUACGCGUACAGCGAGGAUGAGGAGAACAAGGGCGAGAAGCAGGCGGCCUGA